UGUUCAUCAUCAGGACUGUUUUGCAACAUUUGCCCUCUUGGUUGGACGUGGUUCCAGGACCGCUGUUACCUGUUUGUUGGUACUGAACUGGACUGGGCCGAGGCUGAGCAAUACUGCAUCAGCCAUGGUGGAAACCUGGCCUCCAUCCACAGCCAAGAGGAGUACGCUUUCAUCAGGAACUUCAUCUUCCAUGUAGCAGGAAACAACAGAAGGGCCUGGGUUGGAGGAUACGAUGCAGUAGAAGAAGGGACUUGGCAGUGGAGCGAUGGCUCCAGGAACGACUUCACCAUGUGGGGCUCCGGAGAACCAAACAACCUGAACACAGAGAACUGCAUGGAGAUCAACGUCAACGAACAAGACUGUGUCAGCGAUGUCGUGUGCGACAGGAAUAACGCCUUCAUCUGUAAAAGACAUCCGUAGCUGCGUCUCUGUUGGACUCCAAACGUCUCAUCCGCAUUUUUGAGCCCUAAUAAUGUAACUUUUUGGAGACAUUUCCUCCCACCUGAAUUUACUGCAGUUUAAACACAAAUAAACAUAUUAUCUUCUCAGCA